UGAACCCGAUAUUGAGACCGGCUUUUAGAUACCACCAAAGUGGAAUGUGACGUCAUUCACGCAGAAAGGAGAAGGGAACAGAACGUCAUAUUUACUAAAAUAAACAGGCAUUGGCGAUGCUGAAAUUGAUUGUCUUUUCCAUCGUGUUGACAACAGUAUUUAAAGCAUUUGAAGCAUGUGAUAAUGGAUGGACACAGUUCGAACAGUCUUGUUAUUACUCAAGCGCAAUAAUUGGGAAUGUAUUUCAGGUCAGACAUAGACAUAAGCACUGGUUCGGUGCUCAGGCAGAGUGUGAAGGGAAGGGAGCAAAACUAGCUGAAGUUAAUACAGAAUCAGAGCUCCAAUUUGUAAGACAACUAGCACAAAAGAGGCACAAAAGUGUAUGGAUUGGUGGCACAGACGGAGACAAAGAGGGACAGUGGAUGUGGGCGUCUGGUACACCAGUAUCAGUCAAAGACUUCAAACCUGUAACAGAUCCACGUAUGAAACAAUUCGAUCGUCCAGAACAACAAGACUGUCUUGCUAUUGUUGGUGGGCACUGGAAAGAUCUUAAUUGCUUAAAAACAAUGGACUACAUAUGUGAAAAAAAAAACACUCAGAAUAAAGUUACUGUAAGCAAAGAAAAAAAAUCUAGAGAUAUAGACGAGACAAGAAGAAAUUAAAAGAUUUGGACAAAGUUAUUGCUUUAAAUGUAUUUGUGAAAUAAACAAAAAAAAACUAUGAUGAAAAAAUAC